UUCAGAAAGACCUCGUCCUGAUGGUUCAGGGGGCACAUUUCAGCUCAACCUGGCCAACAACACGGUUGACAGAAACCAGAUGACUACAAGUUCCAACAGGGUUCAUACGGAUUGUGUUUCCAACCGGAAGCAUGGGCGUCAUGACCCUCCCUGCGGAAAAAGCUAUUCUCCGCACGGAACUGUCACAUCCCCCGGUGCGUCCCAGGACUCCAAGGCCGAAGAGAAUGGCUCGACACGACCCAAGAGAAAGACCAAGCCCAAUCGCGGUUUUGAUCCAGCUGCUCAAGUAGCCAGAGACGCUUCGGCCGUCGAGCAGCCUCCACCAGCUCCAGAUAGACCUCGUCCUGAUGGUUCAGGGGGCACAUUUCAGCUCAACCUGGCCAACAACACGGUUGACAGAAACCAGAUGACUACAAGUUCCAUCAGGGUUCAUACGGAUUGUGUUUCCAACCGGAAGCAUGGGCGUCAUGACCCUCCCUGCGGAAAAAGCUAUUCUCCGCACGGAACUGUCACAUCCCCUGGUGCGUCCCAGGACUCCAAGGCCGAAGAGAAUGGCUCGACACGACCCAAGAGAAAGACCAAGCCCAAUCGCGGUUUUGAUCCAGCUGCUCAAGUAGCCAGAGACGCUUCGGCCGUCGAGCAGCCUCCACCAGCUCCAGAUAGACCUCGUCCUGAUGGUUCAGGGGGCACAUUUCAGCUCAACCUGGCCAACAACACGGUUGACAGAAACCAGAUGACUACAAGUUCCAACAGGGUUCAUACGGAUUGUGUUUCCAACCGGAAGCAUGGGCGUCAUGACCCUCCCUGCGGAAAAAGCUAUUCUCCGCACGGAACUGUCACAUCCCCCGGUGCGUCCCAGGACUCCAAGGCCGAAGAGAAUGGCUCGACACGACCCAAGAGAAAGACCAAGCCCAAUCGCGGUUUUGAUCCAGCUGCUCAAGUAGCCAGAGAAGCUUCGGCCGUCGAGCAGCCUCCACCAGCUCCAGGUUCGCACGGCUACUUCUCUACUUCGCAUGCACCCAUUCAGUAAUUAAUUACACACAUCUUGCUUCCCAUAUCCGCUAACAUAUAUACUCCGCGGCAUUUGCCGUUUCAGAUAGACCUCGUCCUGAUGGUUCAGGGGGCACAUUUCAGCUCAACCUGGCCAACAACACGGUUGACAGAAACCAGAUGACUACAAGUUCCAACAGGGUUCAUACGGAUUGUGUUUCCAACCGGAAGCAUGGGCGUCAUGACCCUCCCUGCGGAAAAAGCUAUUCUCCGCACGGAACUGUCACAUCCCCUGGUGCGUCCCAGGACUCCAAGGCCGAAGAGAAUGGCUCGACACGACCCAAGAGAAAGACCAAGCCCAAUCGCGGUUUUGAUCCAGCUGCUCAAGUAGCCAGAGACGCUUCGGUCGUCGAGCAGCCUCCACCAGCUCCAGGUUCGCACGGCUACUUCUCUACUUCGCAUGCACCCAUUCAGUAAUUAAUUACACACAUCUUGCUUCCCAUAUCCGCUAACAUAUAUACUCCGCGGCAUUUGCCGUUUCAGAUAGACCUCGUCCUGAUGGUUCAGGGGGCACAUUUCAGCUCAACCUGGCCAACAACACGGUUGACAGAAACCAGAUGACUACAAGU